AUGAUGGGAGCCCGACCACUGCUACCCCCUGCUCCUCUCUUCCACAGAGUGCUCGCUAAGGGAAUGGGAGCGACAAUGUGGUUCUUUGUAUUUUACCGUGCAAGGCAAGAUGGUGCUGUCAUGCUGGGCUGGAGACAUCCUUGGGAGGGGCAUGGACAUGACGAUGAUCACCAUUAA